CAAAGUGAUCAUUCUUGCCUUCCAUCGCCAUGCCGCCCUUCCGUGGCGCUUUAGGCGCGCCAAUCUCACCAUCAGGGGUGGAGACGACUCGACGUGUGGCCAGAAUGCCUUUUUGGACGAUCCUUGUGCUUGUUAUCGUUGUUGCGACUGGCUCGGAUGCGACCAAGCCGAAGCCGAUCAGCAUUUCGCUGCGCGCUAAGUGGGAGGGAACGCCGAUUCUUCUAGAGGCAGGGGAGUUCUUAGCGCGCGAGGAUCCUUCGCUCUACUGGAAGUUCCUCGUCGCGUGGCCCCACGCCUCACCCGAUGUCAACUCCUCUGCGGCCCCCGCGUCCGCCCCACCGCCCCCGUCUGACGGCGACUGCCUGCACUCCCUGCUGCGCCUCGCCUCCUCGUUCCUCGCGCCCCCUCUGGCGCCGCUGCUGCGCCUGGCGCUCGCCAUGCGCUCGCUGUCCCCCGCGCUCCUCCUGCACCGCCAGCUCGCCCGCCUCUCGCUCUCCCGCGCCGGGCUUCUGCCCUCACACGGCGCCCAGGGGGGGGCUGCUGGAGAAGAGCAAGGGGGGUGGAGCGCAGGGGAUGGGGAUGGGGGUGAGCGGUGGAGGGUGAGUGAGAACCCAGCUGCCCCUAAGGGACACUGCUGCUGGGUGGAGCUGCGAGGGAAGGUGCUUCUGGGGGAGGCGGAUGUGGUGGCGGCAGUGGCAGCAGUGCAGGCAGAGGCAAGCCCCCCUGCCUCCUCCCCAUCAGCAGAAUACGAAUCCCUGGUGCACCCCUUCGACCACGUGUACCCCUCUGCCUCCUCCUCCUCCUCCUCCUCGCACCACGCCCCACCGCCCGCCUUCCUCUAUGCCAGCCCCGGCGCUGCCUGCUUUGACGCCCUGCUGCCCCUGCUCGCCGCUGCUGCUGACCAGGGCGCAAUCCGCCUGGUGCUGCGGCCGGUGCUGCCAGGGGGCUGUGAGGCCCAGGUGGGGCGCUGUGCGGCGGUGGGGGCGGGCGGGCGAGUGAGUCUGGGCGGGUACGGCGUGGAGCUGGCGCUGAAGAACAUGGAGUACAAGGCGCUGGACGACAGCCAGGUCAAGAAAGACAAGGCAGAGCAGGCGGCAGCAGAGGGGUCAGCAGAUGACUUGGCACAGCCAGUGAAGGGCUUUCUCUUCGACACCCUUGUUCGGCGGCACCCUGAGCUGAGGGGCGAGCUGCUGACGUUCCGCGACCAGCUGCUGGCAGCUGAGGAGAUCCGAGACGAGUACAACGUGUGGGAGCUCAAAGAUCUGGGGCUUCAGGCCACACAGCGCAUUGUGGGAGGCGCGGAGCCCCUGCGCCUCAUGCAGGAUAUCAACCAGAACUUCCCCAAAAUCAUGGACUCUCUUGCUAAAACCAAGGUGGACGGCACGGUGGCGGAGGCGGUGGCGGAGAUGCACGGCAUGGUGCAGGCGGGGCGCACCAUAGUGGCGCUCAACAGCAUCGCCUUCAACCUCGCCACGCUCGACAUCUUCACUCUGUUGGAGGCAGUGCAGGCAGAGCUGUCGCUGGGAGCGCAGCUGCUCUCGCUCAAGAUGCCAGCCCCGGUGGUGCGCCAGCUGCUGCAUCUGCCGCCUGCCUCGGCCUCGCGGGAGGACGGCGCAUCACCGCGGCUGGACUUCCGGUCGCCGUGGCACGUGCACUUCUUCAAUGACCUGGAGAGGGACCGCGAGUACCGAGGCUGGUCGCCCAACAUGCAUGAGCUGCUGAUGCCCAUGUACCCGGGGCAGUUCCGUGCCAUCCGCAAGAACAUCUUCCACGCCGUCUUCGUGCUCGACCCCAUGCACCCCGCCACGCCCAAGGCGGUGGCGCACAUCCACCAUCUGCACCGCAGCAGCAUGCCUCUCCGCAUGGGGCUCAUCCUCGCCUCCUCCGCACGCCUGCUCGCCCUCAAUGACCCCUCCGCGCCUCCCGGCCACGAUGACCUGUCGGAACUGGCCAUGGCCCUCUUUCUCUACAUCAAGGACUCCUUUGGCCCGCGCCCCGCCUUCGACUUCCUGCUCUCGAUGUGGGGCGGCAGUGCGCUGGACCCCGCGGGUGACGACUACGAGGACGCCAUGGUGACGCUGCCCCCCCCGCAGUACACCGCUCCCGACCAGCCCGCCAUGGAGGCCGCUUUCCUGGACGCACUCAGCACGGCAGCAGCAGCGGCACGGGAGUCGUCACUGGGCACUGAGGAGGCAAGAAAGGCUGCGCUGGCGUUGGUUCUGGCAGGCAGGCACAGGGUGGAGGGUGGUGAGGGGGGGAGGGGGGAGAGUGCGGCAGCGCGAGGAGGGGACGGGGCGGCAGCAGCGGUGUGGACCCAGGUGGUUGGCAGCUCUGGCUUUGUGUCAGGGCUGGGCCUGGCGGACGCCACGCCCUGUCUGCUCUUCAACGGCAUCUUCUACCCCCAGGCUAAGGUGCCAGGGGGAGUGCUGGAGGCGAUGCAGGAGGAGAUGGAGGCGGUGCAGCGCGCCGUGUACUACCAGCAGAUCCGCGCCUCCUCCGACGUCCUAGCCUUCUUCCUCGCCUCCGCCGCCAAGCGCUUCAACCCCGAGGUGGCCCUGCCAGCGGGCAAGGCAGCGCCCUACAUGUCCCUGGCGCCUCCCACUGCUGCCGACCACCCCUCGCUGGCGCGCCUCUCCUUCCUGCACUCGCCUGGAACGGAGGACGAGGUGAAGCCCUUCUCGCACCUGCUGGCGCUGGACCUCUCAUCGCACCAAGGGGUGGACUUGCUGCUGCAGGCCGUGCUGCACCUGGAGAGUGAGUCAGCUGACGGCGCCCGCGUGGCCAUUCUGCACAACCCCCUGCUGCUGCCAACUGCUGCUGCCACAUCGGCUCCCCUGCCCCCCCUCGCCUGGCGCUACCUCGUCCCGCGCCUCGUCAUGGCUGCAGUGCACCUGCCAAGCCGCCGCAGCAAGAUCCCGGCCUUCCUGCAGCGCCUGCUGCAGAUGCCGCUGCUCAGGGCCGUGGUCAGCCGGGCAGCAACGGGCGCGGAGGGGGAGGGGUGGGCAGGCAGGGGGGAGGUGAAGAGUGAGGAAGAGGGUAGGGAGCUUCUGGCGUCAGCAUGGAGCAUUGCUGACGAGGCAGGGUUGAACAGAGGCGAAUUGGAACGAGCCGUGACGGGUGCUGGUGCUGCUGAGAGUGCUGUCGCACACAUGGCAGAGGACCAUCUGUUUGUGAAGCAGCAGUGUGAUGCCAGCCCUGGCACCAGCGUCAUCAUCACCAAUGGCAGGCUGCUGGCCCCGCAGCACCGCUUUGUGGCGCUGGACUUUGCGCUGCUGGAGGACGUGGAGGCGCCGCGAGUCAAGCCCGCACUCGCCCUGCUGCAGAACCUGCCGUCCUGGCCACACCUCCCGCCCGACCUCCCUCUCAGUGACCAUCUGUCGACCAUGGCAAUGGUGGUGGCAUCAGCGCUGUCAGCCGCGCAGAGAGCCACUGGCGACUACAUCCAGUUCACACGCCUCACUGCCAGCCCCAGCAUCGGCAUCAUCCACGAGAACGACUCGGCGCUGCUGCACGUGGAUGGGGUGAUCGACCCGCUCAGCGCUGAGGCCCAGCAGGUCACGCCGCUGCUGCUGCUGCUGCACGAGUGGUUCAACCCCUCGCUGCGCCUCUUCAUGAACCCCCUCUCAUCGGUGUCGGAGUUUCCUCUCAAGAACUUCUAUCGAUACGCCGCCCCCAAUAAGGCACUGACAGACGCAGCGGGGGUGCUGGCGGCGGGGGCGGAGGUGGAGUUUUUGAACAUGCCUCUCACGCGCACGCUCACGCUCAACCUCAAAGUGCCCGAGCCCUGGCUCGUGGAGCCGGCUGUGGCGGACCACGACUUGGACAAUCUGGUGUUGGAGAAGGUGGCGGACCCAAGCGUGGCGGCCGUCUUUGAACUCGAGGCGCUCAUGAUCACAGGCCACUGCUAUGAAGACUCUGACAUGCCGGAGCCCCCUCGUGGCAUGCAGCUCGUGCUCGGCACCCCGCCACCCGUCCCUGCCGCACCCCUCAACCACACCACUGCCGCUGCCACCAGCACCAGCACCAGCGGCGGCAGCAGCACAGCAGCGGGUCGGCCACAUGGGCUGGUGGUGGCGCGCACGCUGGAGGACACCACGGUGAUGGCGAAUCUGGGCUACUUCCAGCUCAAGGCGGCGCCCGGCCUCUGGCUGCUGCAGCUCGCGCCCGGCCGCUCGCAGCAGCUCUACCAGCUGGCGAGGGAGGGGUUGAUGGGCGGCGGUGCACCGGGGGGGGCAGGAGAGGGGGGAGAGGAGGGCGCGGAUGGGGAGGUGGGGCGGGUGGCGAUGGAGGUGGCGGUGAUGGACCUGCGAGGCAAGGUGGUGCAGCUCCGGGUGGCCAAGCGGCCCGGCAUGGAGGGCCAGAAGAUGCUGGACGACGCAGGGGGGGAGGACGGGGAGGAGGAGCAGGAGGAGGCAGUAGCGGCAUCGCUCUUCGGCUCUUUUUUCCAGAAGCUAACGGGCAAGAAGCCCACCAAGGCGAGCAAGGGCGGCGGGGCAGCAGGCAGCAACAGCACAAUCAACAUCUUCUCCAUCGCCAGCGGCCACCUCUACGAGCGGUUCACGCGCAUCAUGAUUCUCUCAGUGCUCAAGAACACGCGCCGGCCCGUCAAGUUCUGGUUCAUUAAGAACUACCUCUCGCCCUCUUUCAAGGAGGUGAUCCCGCACAUGGCGCGCGAGUAUGGGUUCGAGUACGCGCUGAUCACGUACAAGUGGCCAUCAUGGCUGCACAAGCAGACGGAGAAGCAGCGCCUCAUCUGGGCCUACAAGAUCCUCUUCCUCGACGUCAUCUUCCCCCUCUCGCUCGAAAAGGUGAUCUUCGUGGACGCGGACCAGGUGGUGCGGGAGGACAUGGGGCAGCUGUACGACCUGCCCUUGCAUGGCAGCCCGCUGGCCUACACGCCCAUGUGCGACAACAACCGCGACAUGGAGGGCUACCGCUUCUGGAAGCAGGGCUUCUGGAAGGAACAUUUGAGGGGAAAGCCAUACCACAUCAGUGCGCUGUACGUGGUGGAUCUGGUGAAGUUCCGCCGCAUGGCAGCAGGCGACACGCUGAGAGUCAUCUACGAGAGCCUCAGCAAGGACCCCAACUCGCUCGCUAACCUCGACCAGGACCUGCCCAACUACGCACAGCACACGGUGCCCAUCCUGUCGCUGCCACAGGAGUGGCUGUGGUGCGAGUCGUGGUGCGGCAACGCCACCAAGGCUCGGGCCAAAACCAUCGACCUCUGCAACAACCCCAUGACCAAGGAGCCCAAGCUGCAGGGAGCACGGCGCAUAGUUGCGGAGUGGGCAGGGCUGGACGAGGAGCAGAGGCGCUUCACAGAGAGGGUCACCCGAGGGGAGUUCGAUGACCUCUCUCCCUCCGCGCCACGUGGCGCGCUGCGAUUCGCCGGCUUCCACUCCGCUCCCCGACCAGAGGAAGGGCCUGUUGGUGAGGCGAUGACAGAGGGGGGGGAGAGGGGAGAGGAGGAUGCUGGUGGAUUGAGUGAAGGGAGAGAGGAGGGAGGAGAGGAGGCAGAGGAGGGAGAGGAGGGGGGAGUGGAGGAAGGCGGGGAGUGGGCGGGGUACGAGGUGGAUCCAGCCUACGAGGAUCUGGAGGGGCUGGAGGAGAUGGCAGUGGAGGCUGUGGAUGGGGCGAAGGGGGAGGACGAGGACGAGGACGAGCAGGACGAGGAGCACGAGGGGCAUGAGGAGUUGUGAGAGUGGGGAGGACUGAUGGCGGUUGCAUCACGAGAGGUGAUGACAUGAGAGUCUUAGUAGAUGGUACAAGAGGUGAGGACAUGACACUGCAUGUUACAAAUCGAACCCACCCAUGCUUUGACGGCUAAAUGGC